CUAAAUCUGGCAUUAUUGAGUACAUCGACGUCGACAUUAGCAACGACGAACUUUCUUAGCGUUUAACGGAGUGGCGGGGAAAACCGACAUAUCCUAACACACGAGCCACAUGUUACGCCAGGUCAGCACUUCAUGCAACUUCGGGAAAUCGAUAAAGAAAGUGAAUGGAAGCUUUUCCUUUUUGCUCUUGAACAGCUGAAGUCCGUCCUCGCGACAUACAAUUUCGAAUCUGCCCACGCAUUUUUACGUUUCGAGCUAUAUAGGCACACACAUAUAAGCAAGGUCCUAAUGAAAGAACAAUUUACACGUUUUAAGACCCCUUGAUCAUGUUUUAACUAUCGAAAAAAAAGAAAUUAUUUUUAUUAUUCCUAUGAAUGAGCAUAUGUAUACAUAUGUAUGUUAUUAACACGAUUGAGUAUAAACAGCUGAUUAAAUUUAUACUCAAUAUGUGAAGAAUGGACUUUGCUCAUGUUUAUGUUCAAAGGAACCAAAGUUUGUGAAAGAUCUUUGCAGACCAGAAUUCUCGACUCAGAGAAAUAUGAUUUUAUUAGACCAGAGUGCUCUCUUUUGACAGCUGUCCUUGGAGAAAUAAAACAGCUACUAAAGAGAAUCCUCGUCGAGGUCACAUGUUGUUGAACACAACUAUCCGAUAUUUCAAGUCGAAUGUCCAGAGAACAGUAGAGUAAUAUAUAGAAUCUAAUGAAUUGUAUUAAUAAUGUGUAUACUAUUUAUUUAUCGCAAUCCUGAUGCUGAUUCCGAGUCCUAUCGAUUAAUUUUGGCUACAAAUCGCGAUGAAUACUUUAAACGUCCUGCAUUACUAGCUCAUUAUUGGAAAAAUCAUCCAGAAUGUUUGGGAGGUACUGAUAUGGAACCUGGUAAAGAAGGUGGAACCUGGUUAGCUCUGUCAAUAACAGGAAUGGCUGGUGCUAUUUUAAAUUUAUCUAAUGAGGAAGAUUCAAGUGACAUUCCAAAAAAGGGGAGAGGUUCUUUAAUACCUAAUUUUAUAACUUCAAACGAUUCUGCAAUUUCAUACUUGGAGAAAUUACACAAAGAAAAUCAAAAUGAACAACCGUAUAAUCCAUAUCUUUUGGUUUUAAUUAAUUUACACAAUGGAAAUAUUGAUUACCUAAGUAGUUCCACAAAAUCAACAGGACCUUCUUCGAGUCAGGAUGCUGUACUAGGGUUUAGUAAUAGUGGCCUCAGUGUACCUUACAAGAAGGUUGAUGGAGGAAAAGAAAAAUUCAAAAAUAUUGUUAAUAAUGUUAAAGUAUCAGAGCAAGCAGAUCUGAUUGAAAGGCUCCUAAAAUUUUUAAAGUCAAAAGAGAAAUAUCUACCAGAUCCAGAAUUACAGAAACGGUCUCCAAAAAUGUACGAAAAAUUGAGUUCUAUUUUUAUAUCUGGCAGCGAAUACUGUACACGAACUCAUUCUAUACUGCUAGUUAAUGGAAAUGGUGAAAUGACAUUUAUCGAAGAAACGCUUAUGCCGGAUUUAACGUGGAAGCGCCAGAUAUUCAGCAACAUCUUAAGUAAAAACAAGUAGACGUUAUGAAAAUAAACACAAUAUUUGUGCGUCCAGUGUCAUAUUAGUUACAUUAUAAAUUGAA